AUGGCAUGCGAGCUGAACAUUGACGACCUGAACGCCGCGGAACGCAAGAAGUUUGACGGCUACGAGAUCUACAAGGAGACCAAACUGGCGAACGCCCUUUUCGCCAAGGAGCUCAGCGAGAGGCUCAAAGAUACGAACAUCACGGUGAACGUGGCCGACCCAGGGCGGACAAAGACGGAACUGUCACGGAAAAUGGACGACGAGGUCUUCUUCCUGUCACGAUGGAUUCUCGGUUUCGUCAGUUUCUGCAUGGGCGAGCGGAAGGUGGUGAAGGCUGUCCGCCCGAUCCUCUACGCCCUCUGUGAUCAAGAGAUGGAGGGGAAGACUGGCGAUUUUAUUAAUCGUGAGCGCAAGGAGCAGCCGUGGAACGAGACGGUGCUCGACGUCGCCAAGAGACAGCGACUGUGGGCGACGAGUGAGGCGUGGACACGACUCCCCACCCAGAUGGCCCUCCUCAGGAAUGAACUCGGCGAACCGCUGGAUACGGCCUCUUCCCCCUCAUCGGGCGCCAAAUCGGGUAAAUCGUGGUGGCGACUGCUCUGG